AUGAAACAAUAUAAUUUGAUUCAAGCGAUUAGAUUAUAUUCUACUAGAGGUAAAAAAUUAAAACCAACAAAACCUCAAAUCGUGGUAUUGAAUCCAGAACAAUCGGGUUUACUUGUUCAUCGUAAUAGAAGAAAUACAGUGACUAAUCACAAUCAUACUAAUAAAGAUAAAUUUUCAAAAUCUCGUUAUGAUCAUAAUCUUAGAACUGAAAAAAAUUCUUUAUUUGAAGGUAUUGAAUUAGAACCAACAUGGAUGAAAAAAGAUUCAAAUAAUAAACUUGGAUCUGAUUUAGUCAAAGAUACAGAAAAUUUAUUAAAAUUUCAAAAAAAUUCUUCAUUUGAACAACUUUUCCAUUCAAUAGAUUCAUUAAAACCAACAUUAACAAAUAUUUCACAAGAAAAUUAUAUUCAAUUACAAAAACAACUAACAGAUUCUUUUACACUUAAACAAUUACGUGCAUAUAUUAAUACAUUAGAUCCUAAACAUGAACUUAUUACAUCAAAUAGAUUAGUUAAACAUAAAUUAAUAGAACAAAUUUUUACAAAAUUAUGGAAUGGUCAAAUUUCUCAAAAUCUUUUAGAUUUACAAACUAAAACAAUUAAAUUAACACAAAGACAUUCAAAAUUGCUAUUAUUAACUCAAAAUGGGAAAAUUCUUAAAAAUUUAACACGUUUAAAUCCUCAUUUGUUCAUCCAACUAAAUUUGUCUCAAAAUGAAUUAAAGAUAACCUCAACAGUGGAUAUUCUAGAAUUUAUCGAAAUCUCUUUAAAUAAUAUCUUAAACAAUGUUUGUGCUACAGAUUGGUCCCCUGCAAUAACUUUGUCAGAUUCACAAUUGAAUUUAAUAACAAGGAUAUGUGGUGUAGAUAUAUACAAUAAUGAAGUCGCUGCAUUUGGUUGGAAAAGAAUAGAAUUAGCAAGAAGAUUGGUCAGAUGGUUGAUAUCAAAGGAAGAUUCUAUACAUAAAGAGGCUAAGUUUGAAAAAUGGCUAUUUACUGAAGAGAACGAAAAUAAUAAUAGCAUUAAGUGGUUCCCAUUUAAUGACCUUGAUUGUUUAGAUUGGCUUGAUAAGGACGAAGUUUGGGGAAGACUCCAGAAGAUAGAAUCAAUGGUUGAAAAUAAACAAAAUUUGGAAACUCCAAUUUUGGCACCUAGUACUUUAUUAUCCGAAGAAAAAAUUGAGAAAAUCUAUUGUUUCUUCAAAGAUUCUCCUUUGCAUAAAACUAACGUCGAUGUCUCAUCUGAUGUAUCGAAUAUUAUUAGUGUCUCAUUUGGUUCGAUACUCGAAAAUAAAAAUAGUGACAAAAAAAUCUUUCAACCAAGAGUCUCAAAAAUAUCAGAAAAGGUGUUAGCACUACCUCCAGAUUCUGAAGAUAAUGAUACUGAACCAAGUUAUUAUUUGGAGUUAAACUUUACACCAUCUUCAAAGAAUUUAAAACAAGCACCUCCACUUAAAUUACUAAUUCAAUUGGAUGAAAAGAAUAAUAUAAUAUAUGAGACAAUCCAAUGUCUAACAUACUUAUCCACUAGCGAUUAUUAUACACAAACACCACAGGUAAAGCAUGAUUAUAAGAUAUCUCAUGAUAAAGUGUCUGACAUAUUUAUGUAUGAUGAUAAUGGAGAGUUAAUGAAUCAACCUGGUAUCGAUAAAUUUCUAAACGUAUUCAAAUAUACGCCGCAAAUCCCAUAUGUGAAUUCUAUUGAUACAGUAUCCUUUAAUUUACCUACAAAGGAUUCUGAUCAUUCCAAUGUUGAUUACGAAUUUGUCUCGAUGAAUCAUCAUUCCGUUAGAAGAUUUAGAUACCUUGACAAGUAUUCAGUUCAAUUUUCAAAUGUUAACGGUGGUUCCUUAGGUGGAUGCUAUACCCAAGUUGAAUUUGUUAAUAAUGAUAAAGCUACUGAAUUACCUAGUAAAGAGGAAUUUGGUAAAUUCAUGAAAGAUAUUUUCAAAUUUGAUUAA